GAGACGAAAAGAAGCGAGGAAUCGGUUCUUCAAAUGCCAAAGAACAGAGCAAAUCGGGCAAGAAAGUUCAAGAGAGAGAAAAAUGGUGCUGUGGGAAAUCACUCUAGGAACCGCCUAUUUCUUGGGUCUCAAGCGAACUUAUCGUCUCGCUCUCAAGCUUCAACGUCGCAUCAUCAGCCCAAAGCUUCCCAAGAUCCGUCAGUUUGUUCACCGACGUACCCGUAAUGUAUUUGAUGUAGCAUUAAAAGUUCACCUGAACAUACAGAAGAGAGACUUAGAAGUUGGUCGAAAUCUUGGUAACUGGAUUCUACGAUUACUCGACCGAUAUAAACCAUCAGCUCAAAUUCGUAAACAGGAUGGUGAAUCAAUGACAAAUGCGAAAAAGCAAAUUUCCAGCUCCUCCAUUUUAAAAAUGCCAGAGAGCUCCCAGACCCUGAAGAAGCCAAAAUCUUCCAGACAAUUAUUUACCUCAUCAACAAAUAUAUGGCCUAAACAAUUUCCUACAAUAUCCAUGAUGAUAAAGUCUUCAAACCCAGCCUCAAAUAUGAUCCAGCAUAGACAUUUUGGCAUUUUGACGCCCGUAGCACCGGGGCCGAAAUAUGUAAGAGGAUGGCAAGGUGGGGUCAUUAGGGAGGAUAUAAGGCGAUGGUUGUUGCAAAACUAGAAACCAACUUGAUUGUUCUCUCUACAAGAUCUUAGGACAUAGUGCCAACUGAAAACUGAAGCUGUGGACAAUCGAGUGUCUAGAUUUGCUGUUCUGCUUUUUGACACUUGAAGCUUUGGCCGAUAAGUUGAUCGCCUAAUUCCUGUAUAAUGUCUUGAUACAAAAAAAUUAAUAGCAUGAAACUAGAGAGUCGUUAGAGGUUGAAUCAACUUUAGAAACAUGUAUGCUUUAAAAGUUGUGUACUUUUUGUCAUCAUUGAAAAAUGGAGUGAAGAAUUUUGGGUUUAAAUUUUUAA